AUGUCAUCUCCGGAUAUUGAUAAUCUCAUAAAAUCUCUGACUCCAUCAAGAGCGACCCCACAAUCGGUUUACAAGCGGACAUUGUCGUUCAUCGACAACAUUAACAGAAAGCCGCCGCCUGUUCAAAUGGCUGUUGGAGGAGGAGCAGGAUUAACUCCGCAUCGUCAGCCACUUCAGCUUGCGUCGAAAUUAUACGAGAGCGCGGAAUGGUGUAUCGAGAUUAUACUCGACCUUGUGGCAUUUCGAUGCGAAAAUGUGAGAUUUCACCACUGAACAAUUUAGAUCAAAACUGUUUUUGUAUCUUUCAUGCAUAGUU